GAGUAAACUGGUAGGGAAGCUCGGCGAAACCACUGUGUUUACGGUCGAGAUUGGUUUAAUUUGCGCACCAGACGACAACUAUGCACCGGUCCGCUGUGGGACAUUUACAUCCGAGCUCGCCAACCGGGAAUCGCUCCACACUUUGACGGGAAUUAGCAUGAGACGUUACAUAUAACAACAAAAAAAACUUAGCGACUUUCAGUUGCCUGUUUUUUUUUUUUUUUUCUCUUUGCCCCCACAGCGCUUCAGUUUGAGCCAAAAAAAUACACAAUUCACCGUUGAUAUUUGUACAAAAGGCGGUGCCGAGGAGGUUUAUGUUCACUUCAGGCUCAGGAUACUCUCGUUUGUUUGACUACAACUCGUGGAAAUCUGGUCUGUGCAUUUCACAGAGAGCCGCCUUGUCGGUAGAAGACACUCCCAAAAACAAACGAAGCCAAACGACAAUCUGCGCUCCAACUCCGGCCAGAGAGCGAGGAAGGAGCAGAAAUGAGUGGGGGAGAGGUGGUGUGUUCAGGGUGGCUGAGAAAGUCUCCUCCUGAAAAAAAGUUGAGACGUUACGCAUGGAAGAAGCGGUGGUUUGUUCUUCGCAGUGGCCGUCUGACAGGCGACCCAGACGUGUUGGAGUACUACAAGAAUGACCAUACCAAGAAGCCCAUUCGUGUGAUUGAUCUCAACUUGUGUGAGCAGGUGGAUGCUGGACUGACAUUCAGCAAGAAAGACUUGGAGCGCAGCUUCAUAUUCGACAUCAAGACCAUUGACCGCGUCUUCUACCUUGUGGCUGAUUCGGAGGACGAGAUGAAUAAGUGGGUUCGGCACAUCUGCGACAUAUGUGGUUUUAAUCCCACUGAAGACGACACAGCAAAAGCAGCUCACCAGGCAGCCACUGGGGGCCUGGUUGUGGAUACGCCCCCACACCCAGCUCUGGGUAAUAUUGUUGGUCCAGCAGCAGCAGUGCUGUCCUCCGUGCCACCUCCAUACCAGCCGGUCAGUGUGCGACACCUGGACUCUCAGUCCAGUUCAGAGGAGCCCCAGGAUUACCUGUGGUUGGCCAACUGUGAGAGCAAAAAGCCUGAACCCAACAGCUCAGUGGAGCUUCACUCUCCAUUGGAGGGGGACCAGGAGUAUUUGCUCCUGGAGGAGUGUGAGAGCAAGACACUUCCUCCACAGGCUAGUCUAGCCCAUGCUGAGUGUUCCAAGUCUACCUCUUCAGAGACAGACCUGAAUGACAACCUCCCAUCUCACCGCACGCCUACAUCCUCCACUUCCUCAGCUAAACACACUUCGCACAAUGGCUUCUUCCCGCAGCACUCGACUCCCGCCUCUGCCCCUUCCACCAUCUACGACUCGCCUCCAUCACGCGGUGCCUCACUCUCAACUGACGGCGGCCUUUAUCACCUCCCUCGGAGCUACUCCCAGGACACUGUGCUGCUCCCCAAGUCAGCUUCCUCCCCUCCGGCUCAUCCAGACGGCGGGGACGGCGACCUUUAUGUCUUCAACACACCGUCACGGAAACCUUCAAUGGAGACACAGAUGCGCAACCUUUCUAUCAGUUAUGACAUCCCACCCACACCUGGUGCAAACUGUACCUACCAGGUACCCCGUACAUUGUCAGCAUCAGCAGGGGUAGGGGGAUCAGAGGGUGGGGGAGAUGUAGUACCCCCACCCAGACCACCCAAGCCUUCGCUCAGUUCCACCUCAGGACCCCCGCCGCCCCCUGCUGAGCGCUCACCUACGGACACCUAUUGCGUGCCUCGCUCAGCCUCAGAGACGGAUGGAAACUACUGUGUGCCUACUAGCGCUGGGAGUAAGGCUUUGCGCAGCAACACUAUCGGCACUGUGGACUGUUCGCGACUCCGAAAAGAUUUUGGAUCCCAGGACUGCUAUGACAUUCCUAGAUCAUUCCCUUCUGACAAAAGCUGCUCGUUCGACUUCAAUGAAAGCAUGAACAGCUACUUUAAAAACAAAGGAAUGAUGCCGUUGGGUAGUCAGUCAACAGAAGAGGUCGACCAGAACUACGUACCAAUGAGUGCCAACUCCCCAUCACAUCAUCACUCAGGCAGUUUGUCAGAGCCAAUGCACGAACCCAACUAUGUGCCCAUGACCCCAAGCACUGAGUUCUCCUCCCUUGGAAAACAGGUUCCCCCACCUGCCCACAUGGGAUUUCGCUCAAGCCCAAAGACCCCUCCUCGCAGGCCACUGCUCAGUGACUGCCAACCCCCACCUGUGGACCGAAAUCUAAAACCUGAUCGCAAAGGUCAGAGUCCUAAAAUAAUAAGAGCAAAAGGUGUCUGUUUAGAGCGAACCGACUCUCAAACCGUAGGUGAAUUCCCGAGGCGACGCAAGGGAAAACCCGCUCCACUGGAGAUCAAACCAUUGCCAGAAUGGGAGGAGCCCUGUACACCUGUACGCUCACCGGUUACGCGGUCGUUUGCUCGGGAUCUCUCUAGGUUCCCAAUGCCAACGAGACCCCCGUCAGUGCAUAGCACGGCCUCCAGCACUGACUCCGAGGAUUCUGCUGAGAAUUAUGUAGCGAUGGUCUCUAAUAUGCCCACAGAUGAACCAAUCAUGAAGCAUGCUGCGCCCAUGACUGCGGAUGGUGGGAGUAGCCCCAUGGUGAAGCCGAAGGGAGACAAGCAGGUGGAGUACCUGGAUUUGGACCUUGAAUCCGGUAAAUCUACCCCACCUAGAAAGAUGAAAAGCAAUGGAACUGGCAUUACGGCAUCAGAUGAGCGUGUAGACUAUGUGGUUGUGGACCAGCAACGGACACAGGCCCUUAAGAGCACCCGGGAGGCCUGGAGCGACGGCCGCCAAUCCACAGAGACAGAUACUCCCACCAAAGGACCCAAGUGACCCUGUUGUCCCAAGCUUCAACCCACCCUCCAAACCCCCAAACUACCAGACCUUUUACACCAGUGUAGGUUCUGGUUUGUGUUUUGGGACGGUCCAACUAUCACGUUCCACCUCACAAGAUCCUUAGUGUCUAAGAGCCAGUGGAGCCACUCAACUGUCUUUAGUUUACACUGCUGUCAGGCCUAGGAGAGCACUGUGUGUACAGUAGUAGGAAGAGGUGUGGGCCAGGAAUAAGCUGUAUGCAGUAUGAAAGCAGGUGGAAUGACUGGACUAGUCUUUGGGGUUUGACUUAAGCAGACUCAUGAACUUUGAACAUUCACUGCCUCCUAAAAGGAUUAUAGUUUUUUUGUUCACCUUUCAACAGCCUGUGGGCUGAUCCAGAGUUAACAUUUCCUUAAAUUGUAAUGCUGUUUGAUGUUGUUUUGGAGUGUAAGUGAAAUCACUUGAUAACAUGAUCACAGUACCUGGUCAAUGCGACAUUACUAGUUAGCAUAGCCGGUUAACAGCUCAGUUUCUGCUGCUGGAGCAGGGUGAAGUUUCGUUGGACACAGUUCACAGGUUACUUCUUCCUCAAGUUACGGUGGGUGGCUUAAACUGACCCCUGAUCUGUGUCUAACGCAAACUUUAAACCCGAAACCCAGUACAACAGAAUUUCACAGACAUGUUAGUUUUUCUUUCAAAACAAAGGCAGUUGAACUUGUUCAUUUUUAAUGUAACCAAGUGCUAAAUUCAAGCUUCGGAUUCACUCAAGGUUUAAUCCACUGAACAUGAUUUGAUUUCCAUUUAUUUUGUAAGUGGAGAUGCUUCAAUCUGUUAUAAUGGAAGUGCAAAGACUGUACAAAAGUGUUAUGUAUAUAAACAGGAAGUGUCCUUUAUUUGUAUGGAAUAUCCAACGUGUUUGACUCGAUGGUAUACGGAUUCUGCAGGGUAGAAUCCUGUACCUGUAUUAGAUGGUAUCAGGACUUGUGAUUAAUGAAUGAAUUACUGUGAGUUUUUAAACGAACGUGACAGGUUUUCUAUAAGUUAUGCAAAGGUAUCAAACUUAGGCUAGAGAGAGAGAAAAUCAGGUACUCUUUAUAAAUGCAUACUAAUACAACUUUCCAUUUCUAAUUUAUUUCUCAAGUUAUUUCAUCAGGUGGAUGUCAUGUCCAUUUUUAGCUCAGUAUUCUUGAUUCAUAUGGAGGAACAUUUGCUAGAGUCUGUUUAAAUGCUUAGUUUGACGAGCACUGGUCAAUUAGUUUCACAGGUUCAUUUCUCCUUUCCCUUCCUCAUUUCUCUCUCCUCUUAGGUUUAAUUUAUUUUAAAUUGAACUGGCAUACAGUUUUGGGUAAUUGACUGCCUCAUGUAGUCAACUUGAUGCAUCUUUUUUAGACAGUUAAAAAGUCUUUGUCUGCAUAGAUCUGUGCUUUUACUAACCUGCUGACUCUCCCUCAGAAAUCCCAAGCAUGUGCUACCACAAGAUAAAAAAAAAUCAUCGCUGUACAUAUUUUGCCAUCAAUUAGAUUAACAUGUAUCUUUUAAAAAAAAUGUGCCUACUAAGUCAUCUUCACUCUACUUCACUCUUUCCUAAUUGCAGUUUCUUUGUGAUACGGACUGCAAAGCUGAUGAUGCUUUAUCUUUUUUAAUGAAUCUCAACAGAAAAUGUAAAUUUUAAAAGUGGACUAAAUAAAAUCCAACCUCUUAU